CCGUAAAAAUAGACCAGUGCCGCAUUUAAAACUGAUCAAAGUGGAAGGAUUUUUAAACGUGAAGCUGCUUGUUGGCCGUAUUACACGAGUAAAACGAGGUAAAUAAUACUUCUAACUUACUUCCAGGACAGUGGAGUUGACAUGUAACAGACUCGAGGUACUACGGCGUUUAAUAGGUCCUAAACAGAACGAACCACACAAGGAGAUAGUGUGGAAUGACCACACAGCGACGAAAAAUCUUGGCUACGAACGUUCACCAUUACAUCGCACGCAAUGGAGUGCCAGAAGCAUAACGCAUCGAACAGCCUUUAUCCAAACCUCAUUCAUGAAUGUCUCGACCCGGAAUCGAAGAAGCACCUUGCCGCCUAUUUCUGUGAAGGUUGUUUCAGUCACAAAGAGUGUAUUAAUUCUGCAAACGUUCAACAAUAUCUCGAAAUAUCGAGGACACUUCAUCAUGAAAAAUUACAAUAUGAAUGUGAAAACUUUCUAAGAAAUAAUAAUAUGUGCCGCCGCCUCAGUUUAGAGCCGAGGUCGAGAAAUGAAGCCUCUCGCUACCAGUUAAUGUUUACUGGAAACAGAGAAGAUCGGUCAUCUCGGCCUCUUGACCUCCAUCUGUAUGAUUGCAGAAAGAAUUUUCAGAAAACCUGUCGGAUACCAGAACUUUCUAAUGUCGGUGUAGGAUGUGCAGUGUGUUGUUUACAAGACAAUGGUUAUGACGCGCCUCACGUGUACGUGUCUGGAGGCGGGAAAUGUUCGGGAGACGUAUACCAUUGUGACAUUGUUAUGAACAAGAGGAAAAAGUGCUCAAAAAGACUAGUGAAGGGAAGAUCUCACCACUGUAUGACGUGUGUUCAGAACAAACUCUAUGUGUUGGGAGGGCAAUGUAGCAAAGGGGAGACAAUUCGCACCGUUGAGGAAUUCGCGCCAAAACGCCAUUCCUGGAAGACAGUGGGAAAUCUAGAAAUAGGUGUCCGCAGUGCUACAGCUGUAAUACAUAACAGCCAGAUUUACGUGUUCGGGGGAAUAUUAGACAUGGGUAAAGAAACGUCCAUUGUUCAGAUGUUCGACCCCAAAACAAAGACAAGCAAAAUUCUGGCCAGUCUCCCGUUUCCGGUAUCAGGAGGCCAGGCGGUUGUGCGCGAGGGAAAGAUUUUUGUCACGUGCGGUAAUGGGCGUCUUGUGUCGUAUGAUCCAGCUUCAGAUCAGCACGUCAUCUGUACAAACAUGCCUGUGUGCUGCACAAACUUUGCCAUGUUUGCUGAAAGAGAAGGUAUCUUCUUUGCUGGUGGAAAAACUCCAAAUGACGACAACGUGUUGAAAACCGUGUACGUGUAUUCGCCCGAGAACUGUACAUGGCACGUGACGGACAAGGACCUUUCUGUGCCACUUUCCGUUUAUGGUUCCUGUUCCGUAGAAAUACCGGCAGAUUAUGGACUUGUUCCAUUUUUCAGCUAAAUACCUGAGUGAACGGACUGUUUGCAAAAUGUGAGCAAUUAGAUGCUGAGUAGAUACCUAAUGUAGUGCGAAGUCUAUGUGCUUAAUAUGUUCUUAUUCAGUGUGACUUUAAUAUUGGUGCUUCAUCCUCUUGAUUAGUGUGCAAUAUCUCGAUUCUAUAUGAUUCUUUUGAUUAUACAGAGUGUUGUUUUUAUACCACUUCAUUCAUUUAUUGGUGUGACAAAAUAAA